AAACCUGUUCUGCUUUUAAAAAAGGGGAGUCCGGAAAAAUGAAAUACUAUUGAACAAAGAGCGGAUACUAUAGGAAAUUACAUAAGACCUACUACAUUUCCGUAAAUUGGAGCUCAAUGCACUUUAAUAGCUACAUAAAUGAGCUUCUUUGAAAUAUUCACCUAAAGAAAUUUAAAACAUUUAUACAAAAGUUGCUCUUGCACACCCGUGCAAGCACAUCUCCAAGUCGUCACGCGAUCGAAGGCCUUCAAUCGUAAAAAAAUAUUACUCUGCCUGUACCAUUUCAUUCCCUUUUCAAAUCGGGUAUAAACCUAACUCAAGAUACUACAUUUGAGUUGUUAUGAUUUAAAUAAUGAAUGAAUUUAUGAUUAAAAUAUUAUCAUAGCCAUUAAUAACAAUGUCUCUUUUUUCUAACCAUUAUUUAAGUUUAGAAAUCGUAUAGAGUAAUUUUUUAAGGUAGUGUAUGCACUAAGCAGAAUAAAAAAACGUCGAACUUUCAAUUUCAUUCAUUUUUCAUCCUCAUAUAAAUGCCUUUUUCAAAUGGCAAAUAAUCAUUUCUGUGAAAGAUAGUGAACGAACCACAUCAAACGAAAUCAGGAUACCCAAAUACAUACCUUUAGAAUGAAUCCAUUAAUUACUUUAUUUCCUGGAUGUAUAAUUAUACCAUUAAUAUUCUUCAGAUCGACAGCGGAAUGUAAUUCAUAUGCUGUGAAUAAAACGAGUCCUGCCGAAAGUAAUGGCUGGGCUUAUCCUGAAUUUGGAAAAAUAUCCUUGCACAAUACCGGAAGAAGAUCAGAAAAAUUCCCCAUCCAACACUUUAAUCGUGAGCCUGAUCGAAACGUGACUUCAAAAAGCGGAAUGAAAAACUACCAUAAACCAUCUGAAAAAAUAACAAGGCAUAAAAACAAAUUUAAAAGUGCUCGUCGAAAAAACAUAAGUCCUCGUUACACGGACGGUGAUACUUCUGAAACGAAACAUUAUCAUACCUUUGAAGAAAUACACGAACAUAUAGAGGACGAUGGCCAGUACCAGGCAUCUGAGCAAAUCGGAACACAAUCAAUUCUUCAUGAAAACGAAAAGGAUCAUUCCAAUAAGAAGGAGGAAAAGCGAAUGAAAGUUAAAAUAAAGCACCAUCACCAUCAUCAUCACCACAACCACAUAAAAGAGAUCAUCAAAACAGUACCCCAGCCGUAUCCUGUCGAAAAAGUUGUUCAUGUACCCAUAGAGAAAAUUGUGGAAAAAAUUGUGCAUGUUCCGAAGCUCGUUAAUGUUACGGUUGAGAAAAUAGUUCAUGUACCAAUUGAAAAAAUAGUUGAAAAGGUGGUACACAUUCCGAAGCCAGUCCAGGUUCCCAAACCAUACGUCGUUGAGAAGGUUGUGGAAAAAAUCGUUCAUGUUCCAAAACCGUAUCCCGUACUUCGAACGGUUCCAUAUCCUGUGGAAAUAAAAGUCCCAGUGCCACUUGAAAAGAAAGUACCGGUCCCAUACAAGGUUGAAGUGGAGCGUAAGGUUCCCAUUUAUAUUCGAGCAAGUGAGCCAUAUAAAUUUGAGCCAUCACCUUUCGAAAAAUAUAAUCACGGCGAAGAGUUCAAGUUUAAUAUGGAGCUUGAUCAUCCACCACCCCGAGAACACGAUGCUUCCACCUUGCCUUCGAACUACUACAAUAGGUUUUACAAGCCCAAGGAACUUGAAUUGCCAAGGCCAAGGCCUGAGGAAUUUAGAGCUCCAGUAUCUCCGCAUUUUAACCACGAGCCCGUAACGAAGAGUUCUAUUGAGCAGGAUACGACGGGUCGGGAAGCUAUGGCUCUGAAGCUGGUGGGUCCCACUCCACAUAAUAUCACUGUCAAGGAUCUGGAUACCGCCAAUUCGGCGCCGCCAUUCGUCAAUAGCUCAAGUUUCGACCUAAGUCCUCAAGAAUCAGCCAAUGCAUUUAGGGGGAUACCCUUUGCAUUGCCACUUCAUUUUGUCCAGCUCCAACCCAUGUCUUUCCAAAGCCCCAUUCACGUCGAACCAGUACCCUCUGCUCCCGCAGAGGACACUCCGAAAUAAAAAGACUAUUGUUAUAGAUUUUAAGAUAUAGAAUAAAUUAGAUAAAAAUAUUAACUAGCGACAAGAAGUAACUAUGUUUAAUGAAGUUACAGGAUAAGUUCAUUUAAAAAUCGUCACAUAUAUAUUAUUGGAAAAUAAAAAUAAUGCUGAUUCACUUUAAAUAAAAAUAUCUGGGGUAACUCAUAUUAAUAUUUUUAGCAAAUAAAUUAUGGUUUUAACAAAAAUCCAUUAGCUUGGUUUGAAUUUGAAAAAAAAUCCGUUAUAAACUUCAAUAAGAGUUGCCCACACCAUUUCGUGUCGACCGUAAAAUCGAUAACAAUAGAAAGGUUCUGUCCAUUGUUGCCUAUACAGCUUUUUGAAAGUAUUAUUAAUUAAUUUUGUGAUUAUUUUUUAUAAAAAUAGCCUUUUUGUCGAUUUCGAACUCAACGUUACAUGUUGAUAUAAUAAAAUUUAAAAAAUUCCAAUGUGAAUCAUAAUCUAGGGUUACCGGCGCAGUAUAAAUUAUCUAUAAAAAGUUCCUAAUAAAAAAUCUAUAAAUGUUCCUAAUGAAAGCUUAAAUUUCAAAGGAGGUGUAUUAUCCAAAGUCUGAAAGAUUCAUCUUUAUAGUGUUUUUCCCCUUUUUCGUUUUCGUUCUUAACCCCUUUUGUACCCUCCUCUGUUUUUUUUUCUUGUGAACACACGUUGGCAACUCUGGCAACACAUAAAGUUAACACCAUAAUAAAGG